AAAAGUGGUAGGCAUGUUGUGUAAAUCAAAUUAAACAAUCAAAAAUUCAUUUUAAUUCCAGGUUGUAAGGCAACAAAAUAGGAAAAAUGCCAAGAGGGGUGAAUACUUUUGCAAAGCACUGUAGUUCUUUUGCCUGUUAAAUAAUAUCAGAUUGUAUAAAUACUUUUUUUUAAGUCAGCCUUAGUGGACUUAAGCGUCAUAGUUUUUUUCAGUGUUUACUGACACCCAGCCUUUUCCCUGUUGAAGAGCAAACAUACUCUCAGUUGUAGAAAAAACACACCUAUACUGUUUGUGCAUUAACUAUGUAAUUCCAUGAAGCCCUCCCCUACUGCUCUGUAACUGGCCCAUUGUCAGGUAUUUCACACCUUGCCUAUUUUUCCUGCUGUUUUUUCUGCAAUGUCACAGUCACUCUUUGAGUGGUGUUUGCUGGUUUCCUGAGCUGAGUUUGAACUCUGAUACAUACAUCUGUUUCACCUAGAAAUGGCUUUUAAGAAAAAAAAAGUUUUUGAGAUACAUCUGUUUAUUUUUUUAGCUUUUCACUUAUUUACUUUGCACUGUACUCUACAAGAAAAUGCUGCUCACAGAGUGGGCCGGCUGGACAUGGAACAUCUGAUCAAGCACGAUGCCGGAGAACUACAAGCUUGUUCAGCCAUCAUCCGAGGAGACAUGGAUGGAGUCAACAGCAAACACUUUGGCAACCUCCUUGCUGGGUGGUGCGAUAUUUCUGCUUUUUCAUUGAAUGUUUUGAAUUUGGUACAGACUUUGUGUGAGUCGGGUGGGACUGUUUGUAUUAUAAUUACUUUGGUAUCAGUAACUACUGUAUGAAUGUUUUAAAAAAUUGGGGAGCAGUCAAGAACAUAUUUUAAAUAUGUAAAUAUUUUAGACAUCUUCCAGACUGCCCAUUGUGCAGAUAAGAACUUCUAGACCUGUAAUAUAUAACAACAUAAGUAGUUAUAUCAUACACUUUCUGUCAAACUGUCAAUCAAAGUGUUGUGUGUGAUAAUUUAUGACCCUCUGUGCUUCCCUGACUGGCAGGUCUGUAGGGGUGGUGAGGGGGGUAACCCUAUGGAGUUUAUCAGCUGGUCAAUCUGGCUCCUUUGUGUCUGGGGGUGUUGUGGAGAGGUGUGUGUUGGGGGGAAUAGCCCCCCUCCCAACAAAAGGUGUUUAUGUUAAUGAGUUUGGUUUUUGGUGGGGUGAAAUACGUCUGAAAAGAAAUAAUGUUUUUAAUAUGGGGCUGUGUUUGUGUUACUUUGUGGCGUUAUUUCGUUUGUGUAAACACAUUGUUAGAAAAGCAUGAUGUUUGAAUGUGUACAUAUAUGAGUAGAAUAUUUGUUUUGUGAAAUAAAUGAAAACAAAUGUUGAUUAUGUUUUUUAGGGAUCCCGGUUUACCUUUGAAUAAAAAGUUUAGGAGUUAAAGCGUCUUUUUUUAAAAAAGAAUCUGUUUAAAAAAGAAUCUGUUUAAAAUAAUCGUUUGUAUUACAUACAUUCUAAACACAAACCUUUAGGAUGUAAAAAAUGAUCAAAAGAGCUGUUUAAAAAGAAUCCGUAUUACUAGGUUUCCAAAAAAAAACACAUAAAAACUUUAGGAGGUAAAAAUGGUUAAAAGAGCUGUUUAAAAAGAAUAGCACCUAUUACACGGCUUCUAAACAAAGAUCCUUACGAGGUAAAAAUGUUAAAGUGCUGGCUAAAAGAAUCUCCGUAAUGUUUAAACUAGGAGAGAAGUAUUUUCCAGAGAUGUCUUCCAGUCGCUGUGUUAAGCAGUAAUGAAGUUAAACGGAGACGCCUCACUCUCGCUAAACCCCGCCCACACAUACGCGUUUUCAGACACGCCUCUCACUCUCUCUCUAAACACACCCAUUCACAUGUUUUCAUCGUAGCCAGUACGUUCUGUCAAAAUGUCAAUCACGGCGGUAGAACUAGAGGGCUAAUUUAUGGCCUCGUCCUUGACAGGCCUGCGUUUCUCUAGGAGUGCUUAAUUUAUGGCUCUUUGUUUCUUCCUGACCAAAGAGUUUUUUUAUGACUAGGGGGGUCGUGGUGUGAUCCUACAGAUUGUUUAUGAUAAUGAGUGUCUGCGGGGGUGUUAAUUGCUUUACGACACACCCUACAAUAGGUAUGCUUUAUGUUUAAAAGUAGGGUCAGUUACGCAGAAGUCUCUAAGAUCGCGGCCGUGUAUCAGAGCGCUGUGUAAUUUUAGGCGAAUCGUCGAUUCUCGUUUUAACUCACCGCUAAAGCUUUAUAUUUUAUUUUUGAGAAUACUUCAAAGAGGAGAUGGCUGUCUGUCGUAACAGUAAGUGUUUUGUUUUUAUUAUUAUUAUUAUUAUUAUUAUUAUUAUUAUUAUUACACAUAGUUAAGAAUGUUUUUAUUUAUAAACGAAUUUAUGGGUUUAUUGUGGUGAAUAAAACAGGUAUCUAACGCUACAGGUGAUGAUGAUAUUGUGUCUAUCCCGGACAUCGUAGACGAAAUCAGGUUUCUGAACAAGGCAAGCGGUACAUGCGUUGUUAUUCUUUAUAAUUGUUCGAUCCUAUGUAUGAUGUGUAUGUGUUUAAUGAUUUUACUUCUUUUUUUCACAAAGGGUCGAACACAGAAGUCCCGCGAGUCAGGUUUGAAAACCCCGUGCUGGGUAAGAUCUGUAAUAACGAGAUAUUUAUCUGUUAUGUUUAAAAAGUGGUUUAAGAUGUUUUCUUACGUAUUGUGUUCGUUUGUUUACUGUUCAAGGAUUGUAAAAUCUUGUAGACAAGAUCGCUGCACCCGAGUUCAAAAAUAGUGCUGCGGUUUCCACUGAACGCGGUAUACCAACGAGCUCUGGAAAAGCCAAGCGUAAAACAGUCUCUCAGGUCCACAGCGCGGGUGUCGCAACGUCUAAACGUAAACGAUCAAGAUCUCCCCCACGAUCGACAGACGAGUCAGCUGUGAAUGAACCGAGCACUAUAGACUCUUGUUUGAACUGGAAUCAGGAGCUGUUAGAUUCGUGGGACGCAUGUGUAUUUACCCCGGUUCCCGGAGACGAUCUGCCUUCAAACCAAGAAGCAUUUGGUCGCGAUGCUACUGAUGUUAUAGACAAUAACAGAGACUCGGCGGAGGUGAUACGAACCGGGUUCAAGGCCAUCGAGGACCGUAUUGCUGGUUUUGAAAAGACUUUUGCCAGCGUCACCGAGCGUCUGGACAUUAUAGAGAAGAAUCAGCGUCUUUAUAAUCAAAGUCUUGUGGAAACUUUACAAAAACAUACCAUCACACAUAAAGAAAUCAUAGCAAACCAGAGGCGUCUUAUUGGGGGCAUUCGUCGCGUUGAUCACAAUCAACACCUGACGGCGGAAUUGUUAAAACAGUUUGUACAGUUAGUUAAAAACAAGAAACUCGGGUGAGUUGUACAAUAAGUAUUUUAUACCCCUGUGUGUGUGUGUGUGUGUGUGUGUGUGUGUGUGUGGUGCGUUUAUUUGCUGGUGUGUAUCUGGUUUACUGUGUGUGAUUUUUACUAGUUUUUGUUUCAAUAAUAAAAAUGUCAAAGCGGUGUGGUGAAAACUCGUGUAAUCUGGGAGCUGCAAUUAAAUUUAGAAGAUGCGACGACGAUGGUCUGUGUACUUUUGAACAGCGUUGCAAUACAGAGACGUUACAGGGUUUAAUUCGGACAAUGGAGGAUCUGAAUAGACAGCAGUCUACCACCGAUACUUUGUUGGACUUAUUAAACAUUGUUAGAUCAAUGGCUGAGGUUCAAACAGAGCCGCUGCCUAAUUCGUUGUUAGACAUCGGUUCAAAUUCGUUGUUAGACAGCGAUUCAAAUUCACAGCAGGUGGGGUGCGGGUCGGACAGUCAAUCGUUUAAUCCUUCGGAACCAAAUUUUGGGUUAUCCGAAGCCGCUAUUGAGUCUAUCGUAAGAGAGGGUGGGUCUGUUGGUGAUUAUACGGUGGUACCGAGACGCAGAUUUAAUGGUUUGGAGAUACGGCGUCGUAUAAACAUGCGUGUGAUAACCGCUCCAGACCUGGCAGCGUACGCUAUAUUUCUGCAUGAUAUCAUGUCUGAAAUAGUGUCGUUUUCCAGACUGCUGGCCAGCGAUGGGGGCUUAAUCAACAUUACCUUGAGAGGCCCUAGUCUACCCUCUGACGUUAACGCUGUCUUGUCACCUGAUAACGAUUACGAUUUGCACAUAUUCACACAACAACUAGAGAACAUUAUGCAGAGUAAUUCUGACGUACGGGCUGAUGAAUGUCUAGAUCUGUACGUGUCUAUAGCUCGCGGUAAACACGGUGGCGCUUAUCGAAAGAUACGUGAUUUAGCUCAUAACGAGGUGAUUGCCAGAAACAGAAUGAAUCUGUUCUGUCCCAACAACAUAUCUAACAAUCUGUGUUUUGCGAUCUGUCUGUCCCAUUUUCUACAACCGCAUACGCCAUGUAGUGAACUCGAGUCGUUAGCAGCGUCUCUACAGAAAACUGCAGGGUAUUCGGUACAACAAAAGAUAGGGUUUAAUGACAUCACACGAUUUGAACGGUUGUUACAUGUUAAAAUAGUGGUGUUCCAUAGGACAUGUUCUGGUCUGUUGGAACACUUUACGAACAAUGACGAGCCUCAUAAUAAGACCGUGUUCUUGUAUUUACACAACGAACAUUAUUUCUUGAUUAAGAACCUAAAAGCAUUCAUCGGUACACCAUACGUGUGCGAAUACUGCUAUCGUGGUUUUACUAGCCGCAGAGACCACAGGUGUAAAUACGUUUGCGAUGUAUGUAAUGCACCUGAUUGUCAUAAAUACGCUGGCAAAACGAGGCAAUGUCACGAUUGUUUGCGGUACUGCAGAUCAACCUACUGUUACAACGCACAUAAACAAACGCAAACAGGACAACAGUACGCUCAGUGUGAUGUCACUAAAUACUGUCAGAAAUGUAACAGGCGAUAUCACGUCAACGGAGCAGUACCAAAAAAACAUGUGUGCCCUGCAGAACACUGUGUCCAUUGUAAAGCUGAGUUGGUUAAUGACGGAGUACACCAAUGUUUCAUACAGCCUAUAAAAAUGGAACCACCUAGCGACAAAUACAUUUAUUAUGAUUUUGAGACACAACACACGGACGGUAAACACGUGGCAAAUUUCGUAUGCGCCAUUACAUUUAAAGGGGAAGAGUUCACAGCCGCUGGUACAGACUGUAUAGAUCAACUUGUUAAAAAGUUUAGACAGCCUCAUUAUCAGAAUUACACAUGGGUUGCACACAACGCUUCAGGGUUUGACAAUUUUAUACUAUUGGAAUAUUUUGCAAAAGCAGGGCUAACACUCCAAAUUACUAUGCAAGGCUGUCGGAUCAUCUUAAUGUAUGAUAAGACAUUCAAGCAACGUUUCAUCGAUAGCUACUCUUUCAUCCCUAUGCGUCUGUCCAUGACAUCCGCCGCGUUAAAUCUAACCUGUGCUGAGAAAGGUCAUUUUCCACAUCUGUUCAAUAGAACCGAAAAUGAAGACUACGUAGGCCCAUACCCUGAUAAGCAUUUCUACGGCUAUGAGACAAUGUCUGACAAAGAGAGGGCUCUGUUUGAUGAGUGGUAUGUUACGGUGUCGGGUAAGGUUUUUGAUUUAAAAAAAGAGCUCGCCAUGUACGGCAAGAACGAUGUCGUUUUGCUCCGUGAGGCAUGCAUGAAGUACCGUGACGAAUUCAUACAAUGUACCAAACUCGACCCAUUCAGAUACACCACUUUAGCAGCGUGCUGCAUGGCCGUGUAUAAAACCCACUACCUACCAAAAGACACACUAGCUCUGACCCAUAACAAUGCAUACACAAAUCAGAACAAGACAUAUUCAGCCGUUUCCAUUGAAUGGCUUGAAUAUGUCAAAACAACACGAGGCGUGAACAUUCAGCACGCUUUAAAUCAUGGAGAGAUGGUGAUUGGAAAAUAUCAUCUCGAUGGUUAUUAUGAAAAGGAUGGUGUCAAAUAUGGUUUCGAAUUCAACGGAUGCAUGUUUCACGGGCAUGAAUGUCGUUAUAACCCAAACCAUUUACAUCCGUUAUCAAAAGUGCCCUACGGUUUGCUCAGAAGACAGUUUGAUGAUAAGGUCGAAAUUUUGGAAAAGGCGUAUGGUCUCGAUGUUGAGGUGAUGUGGGAAUGUGAUUGGAAUAACGCUAAACAGAACGAUGUCGCUGUAAUGGCGUUUAUGUCCACUUACAUACAUCCUGAACGAUUGAAACCACGCAACGCGCUAUUCGGUGGUCGUACUAACGCGUACAAAUUGUAUCACAAAGCCCACAAUAGUGAAAAAAUACGAUAUGUCGACUUUACAAGUUUGUACCCCUUUUGCCAGGCCAAAAAAUGUUACCCCAUAGGACAUCCACAAAUAAUUUUCAAGGAUUUUGAACCUCUUGAAAAUUAUUAUGGGUUUGUCAAGGCUACAGUACUGCCACCGCGAAAACUGCUUCACCCCGUCCUUCCCUAUAGGACCGGUGGUAAGCUUAUGUUUCCACUUUGUCGUACAUGCGCCGAACAUCAGAAUCAGACAGACCCGUGUGGUCAUACUGAUGAGGAAAGAGCUAUUUCAGGGUGUUGGGUCAGCAUAGAGCUGUUGAAAGGUGUGGAAAAGGGUUAUAUUGUAACGAACGUGGACGAGGUGUGGCAUUUUCCACAACGGUCAGAAACUUUGUUUUGUGAUUAUGUUAAAACAUUUUUACAAUAUAAACAAGAGGCCAGCGGUUUCCCCGCACACGUUAUGACAGACGCAGACAAGGAAUCCUACAUCUCAGACUACUUUGAGAAAGAGGGGAUUAAGAUGGACGCCGGUAAGAUAAGUCGCAAUCCAGCACGGCGUUCUAUUAACAAACUUCUGCUGAACUCACUUUGGGGUCGUUUCUCCAUGCGUGAAAACUUGCCGUGUACAGAGUUAAUUUCGGAUCCGGAACAAUUUACACAGCACAUAUUCGGUGACGGGUAUGAUGUUAAACACUUUUCCUUCGUUUCAGACAGCGUGGCUCUAAUUCAGUGGUGUUAUGCGGAUGGGAAAGGGGGGCAGACUCGCGACAUCAACAUCUUUCUUGGGGCUUUCACAACAGCUCAUGCCCGUCUAGAACUUUACGAAUUAAUGGACAAAUUGGGUGACAGGCUGUUGUACAGUGACACAGACAGUGUGAUCUUUACAUCUAGAGAGGGCGACUGGGAACCUCCGUUGGGCCCCUAUCUCGGUAAUUUAACUGACGAGGUUGGAGCUGGUGAUCAUAUUGUAGAAUUUUGUUCAGGCGGCCCGAAAACAUACGGCUACCGCACUGCGAAGGGUAAGGUUUGCAUGAAAGCCAAAGGUGUCACGCUCAACGCAGUAAAUUCAAAAGCCAUUAGAUUAGACACCCUGAUUGGACUUGUCGAUCACUACGUCGUGGGGGAGGAUAAUAGUCGUCAUAUACUGGCAUACACAGAUACCAUUGUACGUAAUAAAAAACAAUUCACACUACACAACAGGUCAGUUGUUAAAAAGUUUAAGGUUGUGUACAACAAACGCGUACUGCUCCCAGAUUUCACAACGAUCCCAUAUGGCUUCUGACAAUCUCUUUGGACAUAGGGGUGUGCGAGACACAGAGGGGUUUGAUUUCCGAUUACAUCACCCUUUCUCGUGUGUGAUAAGCGGUCCUUCAAACUCGGGGAAGUCAUAUUUUGUAAAAAUGUUGUUGCAAAAUGCUGUACAUUUGAUUUCUAAAAAAAUUGAAAAUAUUGUGUAUAUUUAUGAUUGUUGGCAACCGUUGUAUGAUGAAUUGUUGAAAAUGUACAAAAUAAAAUUUGUUGAAGGAUUACCACAGACUCUGAAUGAUGAUGCUCUGUUUCCGGCCAACGCUGUUAAUUUGUUAAUCCUCGAUGAUCUGAUGAAAGAGGCCAGCGGGAGCAACGAAGUGGAGAAGGUCUUUACCCAAUAUGUACAUCAUAGAAAUCUUAGCGCUAUUUAUAUUGUGCAGAAUUUAUUUUGCCAAGGGAAAUCCAGUAGGACCAUCAGUUUAAACACAAAUUAUCUAAUGUUGUUUAAAAAUCCCCGAGAUGCUAAUCAAGUCAGUGUUCUAGGAAGACAAAU